GGCAUGUCGAUAUUGCCAAAUCGUGACAUGAGAUAAGCGGGGUCCGGGGUUCUAAACGGGGUUUCACAACUUUGCUCCAACUACAUCGCCAGAAUAACCAAACAAGAUUAUAUCUUCCCGGGAGCAAUUGAGCGACUGACGAGAGGGUUUGGGCAGCGCCCGUUUUCGAAAAGGACAAGACAAGCGCAGAGAUGAGUCUCUCUGCCAGAUUGGCUUGGCGGGCGACGACGAGUUGUACUGCGAGGUCAAUACCUGCUCUCGUGAGGUCCGCUCCAAGACCCACGAUAGCAUCAACCCCGCGAUGUCUCUUCUUCACAAAGGCCCAGUCAUGGUUGGAUCAUAAGGCCCAACAAAAAGGGCUGGAGGAGAAGCCUGUUGGGUCUCGACCUGUGAUACAGCACGAUAAUGAUACCAAUCCGCCACGCCCUGCUGCCGUCCUGCACGAAGACAUUUACACGCUGCCCAACAUAUUAACCUUCACACGUCUCGUCGCUGCACCGGUCAUUGGCUACCUCGUUCUUCACGACCAGCACGCAUGGGCCGUCGGCCUCUUUGCCUAUGCGGGCGUAACAGAUCUCCUCGACGGAUGGAUCGCGCGUCGCUGGGACAGCAAGACAGUCGUGGGCACAGUCAUUGAUCCAAUGGCAGACAAAACCCUCAUGACCAUUCUGACCAUUUGUCUGGCUGCUAAGGGCGCGUUGCCGAUUUGGUGCGCUGGCAUCAUCCUGGGUCGUGAUGUCGGCCUCGCUAUCUCUGCAAUUUACUAUCGAUGGAUAUCUCUUCCGCCACCAAAGACAUUUGCCCGAUAUUGGGACUUCUCACUCCCAUCAGCUGAAGUUCGCCCCACGACUAUCAGCAAGUACAACACCUUCUUGCAACUUGCGCUCGUCGGAGUCACGACAGCUGCGCCCCUUUUGAGCACCGACUUGUCAUCUGCCCUGACAGUCAUGCAAUACGUCGUUGCUGCUACCACCAUAUGGAGCGGUGCAAGCUAUAUCUACACAAAGGAUGCAGUAAAAAUCCUUAAUAAGCAGAACUCUAAAAAACCCUGAUUUGAUAUCGUCGUUCAAAGUCUAUCAAGCGGCAGAUCACGAUAGUAACAGAAGAGGCCACAAAUUCGGCUUCACCUAACGCGGCCCGAGCCUAGGGUCAUCCAGAAAGCAGGAAUCGCAAGGUUUGAACGAAAAGACAAAAUUCGAACAACAAGACAAAGUUCAGCAAGGUUUUCCAAAACCUUGAGCUUGAGCUUGAGCUUGAGCAUCUUGUAUAUACCCCCUUUAUGUACAAACACUAUCGUCGAUGAUGAUAGAACAAAUCUUAAACUGCAUAUUUGAACUCUCGGACUCGAAUUCCCAAUGAGACGAUAAUGCUGAGAUUGUGGCAGAAAUAUUUGACUUUUGAAGGCUCUACUUAAAACCUCUCUUGUUCCCCCCUAGACACCUUAUUCAAUGAAACGCCAGUUAUAUGCGAUUGAUCCCAAUUAACCUAUACACUGCCUCAAUUCUUAUUCGUCCUUUGUGUCCGGCGCCCGCGUGAAGGAUCCUUCUCCAACAAGUAUGCUUCAGGCCUUCGACGAACGUGAGCGAGUAGACGUAAACUGCCCGACGGAGUCACACCCUCGACAUGCCUCGCCUGUGCGAGAUUCUCUGGUUUCGCUGCCCUGAGCGCCUCCUUCUCUGACAUAGCAAGCCCAGGGAUAUUGUCAUAGUUGAGAUCGAGGGGUAUCUUGACGCGCUCAUCGUUUGUUAGCUGCUUGCGCUCUGACUCGGCGAUUUUGAUAUACGGAGCGUAAAAGGACUCGAUUUCAACACGACGUCGUAUGCGAGGUGGAAAGUCCAUUACGCUUGGGAUGACUGGUGCAAGCCGAUCGAUGUUGACGCGUGUUUCAGGGUUUGAGAGACGAAGGACAUCGAUACCAUCGCGACGUUGAGUGUUGCGCUUCAUAUGAUACCCCUUUUCAAUCCAUUGUAAGGGGCUCAUUGCUACUGACUGUAAGAGUUUGGUAAGGUCAUCAACCUGCUGUCGCUCAUCACGAUAACGACUCCAACGCUGCUCCGAAAUGACACCCCACCCAUAGCCCUUGGACGUCAGUCGAACAUCGGCGUUGUCAGCGCGUGCUGACAUGCGGAAUUCACUUCGGGAGGUAAACAUCCGGUAAGGUUCCGUGACACCUUUCGUGAUAAGGUCAUCCACCAUGAUGCCAAUGUACCCAUCCCCUCUUGAGAGAAAAACUUGCGGAAGCCCCUGAGAAGAACGACCGGCGUUAAUGCCCGCAAGGACACCUUGACCAGCAGCCUCCUCAUACCCAGUCGUGCCAUUGAUUUGACCAGCCAGGUACAGACCGCUGAUAGCUUUUGUCUCCAGGGUCGACUUCAGGCCACGUGGAUCGAUGUAGUCAUAUUCAACACCGUACCCGGGCUGAAGCAUUUUUGAGUUCUCGAGACCUGGGAUUGUGCGCAAGACCUCCUCCUGCGCCUCAGCAGGAAUCGUCAUGGACAAACCAUUGGGGUAGAUGACAGGGCUGUCCAAACCUUCGGGCUCGAGCCAAACUAUGUGUCGUUCCUUGUCGGCGAAGCGAAUGACUUUUGACUCGAGAGAGGGGCAGUACCGUGGGCCUUUGACUGUCUCUCGAAUGUGUAUGGUCUUAUCAAGGUUUUCACGCACUAUCCGGUGAGUAUCCUCCGUCGUGUACGUAACACUGCAAGUCAUCUGCUCCUGAAUCGCCACAGUUUCGUUGAGGUAACUGAAUGGUGUUGGUGGGUCAUCGCCAUACUGCUUCUCCAGCACAUCAUAGUUUAUGCUCGCUGCGUCGAUUCGGGGGGGUGUGCCAGUCUUGAGGCGUCCCAGCUCGAAGCCCGCAUCACGCAGUGACUUGCUCAGUCCGAAUGUCGCCGCCUCACCGAGUCGACCAGCUGGAUACGCCGUCAGACCGAUGUGUAUUUCGCCUCCGAGAAAUGUCCCCGUUGUUAUGACAACCUUUUUUGUUGGGAGAAUUUGACCGGACUCUAGACGCACGCCUGCGAUGCAACUUGACGCGCCUUCGAAUAAUUCCUGAGGCUCGGUGACGAUAUCGGACACGCUGUCGAGUACGAUCGAUAGGUUGGGAUACGAAGAGAGUUCGUCCUUCAUGUGUUUCUUGUAGAGCUCUCGGUCGAUUUGAGCGCGGGGUCCCUAUCUCCAAUUUCA